CAGACAGUGCAGGCAAAAAGAACAGGCCUAUUAUUGUUCAUUGAGCUUAUUCUCCGUCAUUCUCGUAUGACGUUUUGGAGCGUUAGGUGCUCCGAAGAUUACACGUGUUUACGUUAGUUUGGGCACGUUGUGACUACAUACAAUAACAUAAAGGGAGCGAGAACUUCAACAUCGCUACAACCGAGGCAAUGUUUUAUUUCAUGAGUUUUAUGCACGUCGAUUAAUUCCAAAAGAAAGAGAAUCGUAUCUGUAUUACGUAAAUCGCAAUAUAUAAGGUAUACAGGGUGUUCGCACGAUACGUCAAAUUCAAGAACGCUGUCAAAUUCAGGCACGCAUUUAUUUUGAGUGUCUUUAACCUAUAAGAGGUCAAAGAUGUGUUGGAAAAGCGGGGGAGAAGUGGAAUAUUAGCACGAGGAACGGUGCCGAAGCAAGGCGAUAUUCCAAGAUAGGAUGGUCUUGCAAAAGAUCAGCUAUGACUUCGUUAAAAGUUUCCGGCAUGUUCAUGCUAGAACAAGCGAGUCUUGCGGUAACAAGAGCUUCCAACGAUUGUAUAUGGCAUUACCUCGGCUUACGCAGCAAGAGGUCACAAAUGUCUUACAAGCCAAUGAGUAUACCAAAGAAUUUUCUGGCACAGGAUCCAUAAAAUAUUAUGAUUCUAAUCAAUUAGCAUCUAACAAUCCUAUAGAAGAUACAAGAGCCGAAGCUCAAUGUUUGUUAACUAAAGGUGUGUUAUUGGGAAUUUUCGAUGGUCAUGGUGGUGGUGCCUGUGCACAAGUAGUAUCAAAAAGGCUGUUUCAUUAUAUAUCAGCAUGUCUGUUACCAUCAAAAUUAUUGGAACAAUAUUUAAAUUCUAUUGGUACUGACAAGAAGAUAAAUUUACUCGAGACUUUCAAUGAUAAAAUAGAAUUUGUAGCCGAAAUCAGAGAUCUCUAUCAAGUCAGUUUCUUAAAUUUUAUAAGAGACUUGAUGCAAUCGGAUACUGGAAAAGAAUUUCAAAUGGAAAAGGCUUUGGAAAAUGCGUUUCUCAGAUUAGAUAACGACCUAUCAAACGAAGCUUUGUUACAACUAAAUAAAAAAGAUGCUGCAAAAACUCUUGCUGUUGCAAUGUCGGGUACGGUAGCCACUGUGGCGCACAUAGAUGGCCCUCAUCUACAUGUCGCUGGUGUUGGCGAUUGUAAGGCCGUCCUAGGAGUACUCUCAGAAAAUGAUGGGUGGUCGGCUAAAAUUAUGACGGUAGAGCAUAACGCUGAUAAUCGCACAGAGGUAGAGAGAAUCUUGUCGGAGCAUCCACCAAACGAGAGAUCGACUGUGAUUAAAAUGGAAAGACUGCUUGGGCAAUUAGCGCCACUUCGCUCAUUAGGUGACUUUCGCUACAAGUGGACUAAGAAUAUUAUGAAGGAAGUUGUGGUACCAUUUCUUGGCGAGACGGCGAUUCCUCCGAAUUAUCAUACACCGCCCUAUUUAACCGCCAAUCCGGAGGUCAAAUAUCACAGACUGACGCCAAGAGACAAAUUUCUAAUAUUAGCUAGUGACGGACUAUGGGACCUGAUUUCACCAUUACAAGCUGUACGCUUGGUAGGAGAACAUAUGAGCGGAAAGGUUACGCUCAAUCCAUUCAGAUUACCUCGUAAAAAUAUGAAAUUGUCAGACAUAAAUGAAAUGUUGCUGCAACGCAAAGAGGGCUUGAAGAAAAAACCGCUCGAUAGCAACGCAGCGACGCAUUUACUGAGGAACGCUUUAGGUGGUACAGAAUAUGGAAUAGAUGAUGCCAAAUUAUCACAAUUGUUGACUCUACCGAGCGAAGUGGUUCGGAUAUUUCGUGACGACAUCACCAUAACGAUCGUUUAUAUGGAUUCAGAAUUUUUAAGACAAUGUCCUCCCUAAAGCUGUCGCAAUUUCUCACUAUUUUUUAAUACUGGUGUGUAUCAGUAUACAGCUUGUUAUUUAUUUAGUUAACAAUAAAAACAAUUUACAUGAAAACAGUAUUCUGAAUAUCAAUAUGUAUAUAAUAUAUUACAUAACACUCGCGUUACUCCGAUUUCAAUUAGCAAAAUCCUUUUAACUGGCUGACACAGGGGGUUCAAAUCUCUACGAAUAAUCCCGUGUUAAGCCCACUCGAAUCGAAACAAUCGGAUAGUAAUACACAAAAGUGUUUGAGACUACGAUCAAAGGUGAUUAGGAAGUAGCUAUAUAAAAUCUAUGAUUUACAAUUAAUUUGUUAGGUACUUAUUAUAGUGAUUACAAUAGUGAUGCAUUAAACACAGAGUUUGCCAUAUACCUCGUAAAUGUAUCACCAACAUUUUUCCUACUUUGCACUUUAUGAUAAAAAAUAAUCAACCUCUUGUUUGACUGCUUGAUAAAAGUCUAAGAAUUUUUUAUCUCAAAAUAUAUAGUUUAUUUCAUAAGUUAUGUCA